UUUAAGAGAGACAUGGCACAAACUGGACUUACGAUUUUUCUACUCAUAAGCAUACUACUGCUGGAUCAGACCAUCAGCCAGGCUUCCAAAUUCAAAGCCAGGAAGCACAGCAAACGUAGAGUGAAAGAAAAAGAUGACCUAAAGACCCAGAUUGACAAAUUGUGGCAAGAAGUAAAUGCUCUGAAAGAAAUGCAAGCACUUCAGACAGUUUGUCUUCGUGGGACAAAGGCCCAUAAGAAGUGCUACCUUGUAUCAGAAGGCACCAAACAUUUUCAUGAAGCCAACGAAGACUGCAUAGCCAAGGGAGGGACACUGGCUAUCCCAAGGAAUAAUGAUGAAACAAACACUCUUCGAGAUUAUGGCAAGAAAAGUAUGCCUAGAGUGUCUGAGUUUUGGUUGGGUGUCAAUGACAUGAUAAAUGAAGGGAAAUUUGUUGAUGUCAAUGGCAUGGCUCUACAGUACUUCAACUGGGAUCGUGCCCAACCAAAUGGGGGGAAGCGUGAAAACUGUGUCUUUUUUUCUCAGUCGUCACAAGGCAAGUGGGUGGAUGAAGUCUGUCGUACUGCCAAAAGAUAUAUUUGUGAAUUUCUGAUCCCAUAAUUACAUACACAAAUGACCAUGACUAUGUUUUGGGUUAUUAACACGCAGUUUUGCUUGUUAGUAACCCUUCCCACUUAGACAGUGGUGAGUUAAAAAUAUCCAUCUCCUGCAUUGUACUCACUCUUUCCUGAAACAGAAGUUUUCUCUAUUAAUUUAUUUUCUAUUCAGAUGCUAAAAAUGUUAUGUUUAGUGAGUGCUCUCAUUAUGUACAGGAAUAUAUUGUAAGUUUGACCUACAUUGUUUCAUAUUUUGGCAUGUUAUUUCAGCCUGAUGUUCGGGUUGCCGGAAUUCACCUCCUAUUUCUUUACU